CAUAUUAACGGUCGCGCUGGUCGUGUCCAAGUGCAAAAAGAUAAAAGAAUUAUACAAGAAUAAGAUAAACUUUAGUGAAGUGCCUAAUAAUGGAUAAAAAUCAAGACAAAGAAAAUGUAAAAUUGAAAUCAAGGAUUCCUUUGCCCUUGGCACCUCUGCCACCUCUGCCACCCCACUUGCUGAAGAAAUUAAGCGAGAGACCGCCGUUGAAUACUUUAUCGGGCCCUAAUAGACUCGAUCAUAAAGUGCCCUCUUUAAAUUUGUUAUGCAUGGCUGGCCCAAGCAAUGUAAAAAACAAAAGCGUUAUCAAUAGACCAAACAGUCCUUUUCAAUUUAACGCUAAAUUCGUAACAAUGCGACGGGGGCAAAAAGAUUUCGACUACAAUUCUGUUGGUUGCCAAGAUGAUAGAAGAAUUUCAGAGCAGAGUGUUAGCAGUGAUGAGGAAAAUGAUACAAAUGAAAAAUAUUUCACUGAUAAAGAUGGCCUUGCUAAUAAGAAGCGGAUAUCAGCAAGUACCCCGGCUCUUAACACAUUAGUUCCAGCCAGGGUUAAAAAUAUAAAGCGAAGCUUGAAAAGACCUCAUAGUAGGGAGUUACAAUGUUUAACACCACUGGAAAAUCGGGAAAGGCAAAAUGACAAAGCGAAACGGAGACUGAAUUUCAAUCAAACAGUUUCUGAGAGGAUGCAAUCACCUGAUUUAUUACAAAAAUCAUACAUGGCUAGCAUGGAUAAUGGUGAAAUUCUAUCAUACCUUCAACAAGCCGAAACGAAACCAGUGGCUCUCCCACGGGUUAGGAGUGAGACGAGAGCGUGCGUUAUCAACUGGCUGAUGAAAAUUAACGGCAUAGACGGCAACCCGGCCACCAUUCAGACCGCGGUGUGGUACCUGGACGCGGUGCUGGCCACGGGCAACGUGACGCUGGAGAACAUGCAGCUGGUGGCCGCGGGCGCCUACUGGACCGCGUCCAAGCUCCACGGGCCGCUCACACCUGCAUCCAAGCUUGUCAAAUACGCAAAUCAUGCCUUCACGAAGCAGAGGCUGUUCGAGGCGGAAAGAGUCAUAUUGCAUAGAUUGAAAUUUCCGCGCCAACCAAUAGUGCCCCAAGACUACAUCGGUUACUUCGCUUGGUGGUGCAACAAAGAACGGCCUGGCGAGAUCGAAGCGGCCACCACGUUCCUCUGCCUCUGCGGGAUGAUGGUUAACAAGAGACUUUGCCCCGAGUACCCGUCCGUGGUCGCCGCGGCUUCUAUAAUAAAUGCUUUGUUGUUGCUCAAGAAAAAGGAGCUGAUACCGCGACUGCAGAGGUGUCCAGCAUACGUAGCUGCAGAGAGAAAGGCCGGGAACAUAUCACACACGUGCACCAUUCUUCGCCACGCGGUGCGCCUGGUGGGUGCGAAGGACUAUAGCUACAAGUUCAUAUUCGAGCAGUAUGGAAUGCCGCCCAAGUACAUCGCGCAGACCCUCGUGAGAGGGACCAACGAGCUCAUGACAGCGAGCUCGGACACACACUAGGAGCACCUUUUGAACAAAUAUUUAGGCAGGAAACGAACUGCACCUGGACACUAUAAAUAUUAAGGACAGUAAUUUAUACUUAAAAGUACCUAUAAUUUUAUUAAUAUCAAGAUACAUACAUAACAGAGCAUUCACAGGUAUUUUAAAAUGCUUGUUUAAAUUCUUAGGGAAUUGAGAGAAAAAGAGGGAUUGCGUUGGUUGGUACGUAAUGUUUUCAAGCUAGCAAUAUUCAUCAAUUUGUUAUAUAGUCCACAUUUCCUUAUUUAUGUAAAAAACAUGUUAUAAUGUAAUUUUAAUAGUUAGAGUUGGGUAGUUGUUUGAAAGUUCAAAGUAUACAGGUGCGGUUUGUUUUUGUUUUUUUUUUUCAUUUUGCGUAGGUACUUAAACAAAUAUAUUAAUUUUAAAAUCUUAAACUCGUACGUAAUGCACAAUCCCUUAGUAUUAAUAGUCUAAUUGUAAGUAAUUAAGUAUACAUGUACAAUUGGACUUUGAUUGAUUAGCAACUAGGCAAUUAAUGACAUUAAUGACAUAUGAAAUUAUAAAUGUAAGAAUAAAUUAAAUUAUAUUACGUCAAUUAUAUGACGUCACUAGUUAAUGUUAAGAAUUUAAAUACAAUUUUAUUACAGAGCGAAAAUUGGCGAGCAAAAAACACAUUGUUUCACCGAAUUAUAAUGUGCUUAGGUAAAUAAUAUUUAUAUGUAAAUACUUGCCUAAUCUGACUUAUCAUCUGUAAAUAACUCCAAAUUAGUCUAGGUUAGUUUCAAGUUUUUGACUUAUGAUAAAUUUUAAUUUUUGACCUUUUCACAACAAACACCGAAGUAUUGUCAUUGAUCGGACUGAGUUUAAUUUUUUAACCCGCUUUAAUUAGGAACAUAUGUGUCGUUUCCAAGCAAAAAGUCCCACUUUGUAGCUUGCCAAUAAGGACAUUUUGACAGGUUACUCGUAUAAAGAUAUGUACAAGCAAAUCUCGUCCUUAUGGUAAGCGACAAAGUGGGACCUUUGACUAGACUUUGACAGAUAUUUAAAUUUUUAAAGGUAUGCUGAAUAAUAGGUACUUUUAAAACAUUUUAACGUAAUUUAUAUAAAAAUUUGCAUGUGAUUAAAUAUUUUAA